AAUGAGCCGUCGUCGCUGGUGCAAGUAGUGACACAUGUGGAGUGAGCACAUGAGAGUGAACGAGUGAACUAUUCCGUUAGACCCGGUUGUGUAUUAUAGAGUGCAGUCAAACGUACAUUUCGCGGAGCAUCGCAGACAGUCAGAGUAGAGAAUAGCGAAAUAGAACAUCAUAGACACUCUGAAAACGAGAUAAAAACAAUCACGUGAAUGGAUUAAACCAUCCAACGAGCUUUCUUUCAACAGAUCUUAAACCAUCUAAAGCAAACAUGAAGUUUCCCGUGCUUAUUUUGAUCGGCAUAGCAUUCCUGAAUGUUUCCGCUGGAAAACACAUAAUUUCCUCCAAUGCACCUUUAGCAAAACGGGAGCUCGCCAACAAACAUCCAACAUUCGAAGAAUACAAACGGCAACGGAAGACCUUUAUUCUGUCGGAAGAGCAUCGCUUCCUCGGAGCCAACCUGACCCUGACCGAUGACGAACAGACCGUCAACAAAUAUAUCAUGCAUUUGAAGCAGCAGGAGCUUGCCGAGGGCUUCAACGAUAGCUACAAUUUCAUCCCGGCAAGACACUUCUUCGAAAUGUUGGAUCGCUUCGAAACUUCCAAACUGUUUCAUAUCAUCCAACGACUUCCAAAGGGAGGUGUUCUGCAUGCUCAUGACACGGCUCUCGGCAGUGUUGAACUGAUAGUGAAUGCCACCUAUCGCGAGAACCUCUGGCAGAAUGGUGAGUUUGGAAAGAUUCCUGGACCUAUGUUCAAAUUUUCUAAAGAGAAACCCGGCGAUGAUUGGUCGCUGGUAUCUGAGAUUCGAAAAAGAAUGACGGACAAGGUUUACGAUGCCAAUGUCACCGAGUUAUUUAGUCUAUACAAUGCAGAUCCAUUGAAUGCCUACAAGAGUUUGGAUAAUGUAUGGAGCAAAUUCCAAAACCUCUUCAUGUGCUUAGAGCCAUUAAUUACAUACGAGCCGGUCUGGAGACAAUAUUAUCGCGAUUCAUUGCAACAGUUUUACGACGAUCACGUGCACUACCUGGAAUUCAGAGGAGUACUACCGCCGGUUUACGACUUGGAUGGGACAAUUUAUUCCUCAGAAGAAAUUGUUCAGAUGUACUACGAUGACACGGAAUUAUUCAAGCAGACUCAUCCGAAAUUUAUUGGCGUCAAGUUCAUCUACGCUCCAGUGCGCUUCAUGGCCGAUUCAGAUUUUCUGAGCAUCUUGAAAACUACUAGGCAACUGCAUUCGAAAUUUCCACGGUUUCUAGCUGGGUUCGAUCUGGUCGGGCAGGAAGAUCCGGGUAGGGCAUUGCUUGAGUUUGCUCCAGCCCUGUUGGAACUGCCAGAGUCCAUCAACUUCUUUUUCCACGCCGGAGAAACCAACUGGUUCGGUAUGAAGACCGAUGAGAACUUGAUCGAUGCUGUUCUGCUGGGCACCAAACGAAUCGGUCACGGAUUUGCCGUCCUCAAGCAUCCCAACGUACUGAAGGAGAUCAAGCGCCGACAGAUUUGCAUUGAAAUCAAUCCAAUCUCCAACCAGGUGCUCAAGCUGGUCCAAGAUCAACGGAACCAUCCGGCGGCCCUGCUCUUCUCAGACAACUAUCCGGUGGUGGUUUCCUCGGACGAUCCAUCCUUUUGGCGGGCUACUCCACUGAGCCACGAUUUCUACGUGGCUUUCACCGGGAUCGCUUCGGCCCAUCAAGAUUUGAGACUGUUGAAGCAGCUGGCACUGAAUUCGAUCGAGUACAGUGCCAUGAAUCAGGAUGAAAAGGUUGAUGCCAAGUAUAAGUGGAAACGGGCGUGGCAUGAAGCAAUCAGUGCACUGGCUCUGGAUAUUGUGGCUGAUAAGCUUCAUUAAGUGAUGUUAGAAGAUUGCCAAUGAUCAGAAAUGUUGGAAGUAUGGUGCUAUAAAUGAAGGAAGAACUCAUGGGGACUCCUCCGUUAGGAUUUGUUUUGUUAAUAAAGAUCUACUUAACUGCAGGGCUUUCGAUUCU